GUAAGCCUUAUCUGCAACUCGAACCCCGCCUACUCUGUCGAUAGCCAGCCACCACAGUCUUCAUGGAGUCAGGCAAUCUGGUGUGGACAUUGUAUAGCAGCUAGAAGGGUCAGAUAUGGUCCAAUCUCUCUGCUCGUCUCGGCGCUGCUGUACCUCGCAUCGUCAACGAUUGGAUUAAAAGGGGGAGGAGUGAGCUGUACCGUCUCGGUCCCUGCAGCGAGGUGGCAGACAAGACGCCCUUCCUACCCCACUCCUCUCUUGUCCUAAGUGCGCUGCUAGAUAUAAUCGUGUCUGAAGUUGUCAACAUCAUCGCCACCAUGUCCUCCCGGAAUCCUUCUGCCACUGGUGGCCCCGAGGACAAAGACGUCUCCGAAAAGGCGCAGGUCGACUGCGUCAGUAUGGCUGGAGGAAGAGAGCCAGAAUCUCUACGCAACCUCAGCGAGGACGAGAUCAAGCUCAUGAACGGGAAGCUAGUCCGCAAGAUCGAUCUAGUCAUCCUGCCCACAAUUGCUAUUCUCUACAUCCUCAACUAUGUCGACCGCCAGAACUUGUCUGCAGCAAAGCUGCAAGGGAUCAUGGAAGAUCUUCACAUGUCGACACAGCAGUUCGCCACAGCCAUCUCCAUCCUCUUCGUCGGCUACCUGCCCUUCCAGAUUCCCAGCAACCUGAUCAUCACCAGGAUCCCACGGCCGGGCAUGUACAUCUGCCUCGCUGUCGUCAUCUGGGGCGCCAUUUCUGCCGCCACAGCAGCUGUCAAGACGUAUGGGCAACUGCUUGCUGUCCGUGCCAUCCUCGGAAUGGUCGAGGCCGUCUUCUUUCCAGGUGCGAUCUACUACCUCUCGGCCUGGUACACAAAGCAAGAGCUCGGAAAGCGUUUGGCAGGCCUGUACAUUGCCCAGCAAGUGGGGAAUGCUUUCGGAGGCUUGCUGGCCGCCGCCAUUCUUCAGCUCGAUGGCGCUCACGGCAUUCGAGGCUGGGAAUGGCUCUUCAUCAUUGAGGGAUCUGCCACCGUUGGAAUCGGUGCCAUCUGCGCUUGUCUCAUGCCCGAAUUUCCACACAACAGCCGAAUGCUCUCUCCAGUCGAGCGAGACCUCGCCGUCUGGCGCAUCGAGUCGGAGUCGGGAGCAGCCGAGGGCACUGAGAAGGAAAGCACGUUCAAGGGCUUCUUUGCCGCCCUGUCGGAUCCCAAGCUCCUUCUCCUCAUCUUCUGCAAUAUGCUCUCCCAGGGACAAGGGUCUAUCGCCAACUUCUUCCCAUCUCUUGUCGCCUCGCUAGGUUACAAUCACACGCUCAGCUUGCUCCUCACCGCGCCUCCCUACAUCCUCGCUGGCUUCGUCUACUACGGCAUCUCGUUCUACUCGGAUCGCAAGAACACGGUAUACCCAAUCAUUUUGGUCUGCAUCUCCAUCGCUUCCGCCAUGUACAUCAUCCCCAUGUCGACCACCAGCAUUGGCGCUCGCUACUUUGCCAUGAUGGUGCUACCCUUCUCGUCCGUCGGUCCUCAGAUUCUCCUUUUCAAGACGAUCAAUCUGCACCUCGCGCGGCCAGUGUCGAAACGAGCAGCUGCCUCGGCUCUAGUGAAUGCCAUCGGAGGUACCUCCAACAUCUGGGCUUCGUACCUGUACUACGCCCCUCCCCACUAUUACGCCGCUUUUGGGACGCUCCUUGCUUGCGCCUUUCUCUUUGCAGCCACGAUCAGUGUCUACCGCUGGCUGGUGUUGCGCGAGAACAAGCGUCUGGACUCGGGCGACCCAGACCAGAUCACGAAGGUGGUCAAAGGUGGUGUUACUGCAGAGAUGGUGGAGCUGAAUUGGCGCUACGAAAUGUACUAGAACAGCUCUUACGAUGUACCCACUGCUUUCUUCCCGAAUGACGA